CGUUUGCCUCGUACUUGACAUGCGCACCCCUGAGUGCCCAGAUGCUUCACAACGUUGGCUCGUAACCACUGAAUAUCUAAAGCAGAAGAGGAAGAAGUGAACCCAACGAUGAUCCCAGUAUGAUUUGAAUACAGCGUGUCUGGAUAACUCAAGGAGCUAUACUAUCUGAAAAUGCAAAGAAGCAGAGAAAGGCUGGAGAGGGAAAAGAUGGACGUGCAGAAUCGGUGCAAAAAGAGGUUGAGGGUGUGUGUGGCGACAUGCAACAGAGCGGACUACUCCAAGCUGGCUCCCAUCAUGUUUGGGAUCAAAUCUCAUCCUGAAGAGUUUGAACUAGAAGCAGUGGUGCUUGGUUCACAUCUCAUUGAUGACUAUGGGAACACUUUUCGUAUGAUCGAGCAGGAUGACUUUGACAUCAGCUCCAAGCUCCACACCAUCGUAAGAGGGGAAGACGAGGCGGCCAUGGUGGAGAGUGUUGGGCUGGCGCUGGUGAAACUCCCCGACGUCCUCCAGAGGUUGCAACCUGACAUCCUGGUCGUCCACGGUGACCGUUUUGAUGCGCUGGCUCUGGCAACGGCUGCGGCACUGAUGAACAUUAGAAUACUUCACCUGGAGGGAGGAGAGGUGAGUGGAACAAUUGAUGACUCAAUCCGCCACGCCAUCAGUAAACUGGCCCACUACCAUGCCUGCUGCACACGCAGGGCAGAGCAGCACCUCAUCGCCAUGUGUGAGGACCACUCUCGCAUCUUGCUGGCUGGCUGCCCCUCUUACGAUAAGCUGCUGUCAUCUCAUCACAAACAAGACUACAUGGAUAUCAUUAAGAGCUGGCUGGGUGACAAGGUUCAAGAUCAUGACUACAUAGUGGCUUUGCAGCACCCAGUCACCACUGACAUCCAGCACUCCAUCAAGAUCUAUGGACUAAUGUUGGAUGCUCUGCUGUCCUUCAACAAAAAGACCCUCAUCCUCUUCCCUAACAUCGAUGCUGGAAGUAAGGAGAUGGUGCGCGUGAUGCGGAAGAAGGGCAUCGAGCAGCACCCCAACUUCCGGGCGGUGAAGCACAUUCCCUUUGAGCAGUUCAUUCAGCUGGUCUGCCACGCCGGCUGCAUGAUCGGAAACAGCAGCUGCGGAGUACGAGAGGCCGGGGCCUUCGGCACGCCUGUCAUUAACCUGGGAACAAGGCAAACAGGCAGAGAGACAGGUGAAAAUGUUCUACAUGUGAGAGAUGCCGACACUCAUAAUAAGAUCUACCACGCUCUGGAGCUGCAGUUUGGAAAGAGAUACCCUUGCUCUAAGAUUUAUGGUGAUGGCAACGCAGUGCCUCGUAUACUCAAGUUUCUACGUACCAUCGACCUGGAGGAGCCCCUCCAGAAGACCUUCUGUUUCCCCCCGAUGAAAGACUCCAUCUCCCAGGACAUCGAUCACAUCCUGGAGAUGCAGAGCGCUCUGGCCGUUGACCUGGGAGGGACCAACCUCAGAGUAGCUAUCGUCUGCAUGGGGGGUAGGGUAGUAAAGAAAUAUACUCAGCCCAAUCCAAAGACCUUCGAGGCCCGGAUGAAUCUCAUAUUAAAGAUGUGUACAGAUGCCAUGCAGGACGCUGUCUGCCUCAACUGUAGAAUACUUGGUGUUGGAGUGUCCACUGGUGGGCGUGUAAACCCACAAGAAGGUGUGGUGCUACACUCCACGAAGCUGAUCCAGGAGUGGUCUUCUGUGGACCUGAGAACACCCAUCUCCGACGCCUUGCACCUACCUGUCUGGGUCGACAACGACGGCAACUGCGCUGCGCUGGCGGAGAGGAAGUUUGGUCACGGCAAGGGAGUAGAGAACUUUGUCACUGUCAUCACAGGAACAGGUAUUGGAGGAGGGAUCAUCCAUCACAACGAGCUGGUCCAUGGCAGCACCUUCUGCGCUGCCGAGCUGGGUCACAUCAUGGUUUCAUUAGAAGGCCCGGAGUGUUCGUGCGGCAGCAGAGGAUGCAUAGAGGCCUAUGCGUCCGGCAUGGCCCUGCAGAGAGAAGCCAAGAGACUGCAUGACGAGGACCUGCUGACAGUGGAGGGGAUGGAUAUGAAGCUCAUGGAGCCAAUCACUGCUGCCCAUCUCAUCAACGCAGCCAGACUGGGGAACUCCAAAGCUGAAGCUGUUCUCAAUAAAGCUUCCACAGCGCUAGGUGUGGGCAUCAUCAACAUCCUCCACAUAGUCAACCCCUCACUGGUGAUUCUGUCCGGUGUCUUGGGCUCUUACUACCAGGCCCCAGUGCAACAAGUCAUCUCUCAGAGAGCCCUCUUCUCCACCCAGAGUGUCAAGGUUGUCACAUCAGACUUGGAAGAGCCUGCUUUACUUGGAGCUGCUAGCAUGGUGUUAGACUAUGCAACCAGAAGGAUAUAUUGAAAAAUAUAGGCCCUAAUUUUUGAUUUUCUAAGGACUGCUAAUAAGAACAAGACCGCAAAACUGAAAAGUAGUCAUUAUUCUGCCCAUAUAGAUACAUAAACAUAUCUAGGGGGCACAUGCUGAGGGCUAAAGUGAAAGACGACGUGUUCAAACCAUUAUGUCAGUGUUUGACACAAGUAACAUUUGGGGGGGGGGGGGGGGUUAUCUUGUUGAUAACCUCAAUGAUGGCAGUUUUUCUUGUGGUGUCCACAAAAAUACAGAUUCUCAAACCCAUGACAUAAUCCCUUCACUUGGCCAGAUGUUGGCCAGAUUCCAACAUGGACACUUUAUGUGUGAUGUGGGUCCAUUGCACGGGCCGGACAUCCCACCACUCUUAACUUAUUUACAUUUUCAUGGUUUGAAAAAAAACAUUUUUGAGCAAGCAUCACCUUUUUGAAUAACGUACAAAGCCAUCUCCGAGCUAAUAUUACCCAUACAGGGCCAGACUGACUUGUAAUGUGAUGUGGGUGGAUGAUAAACUCAUUAGUAAAUGGGAAGCUUGUUUCCGAUGUGACCAAAAUAUUGCUGAAAAUUCUCCUGUUGCUAUUUCUUUAUUCAUUCAUUGUCUCUGUCUCACUUUUCUAUCUUCUGAAUCUUUUAGGAUUUUUAAUUUUCAAUUUUUAUUUCUUUUGGAGAUAAGGGGGGGGGACUAUCAAGAUAGGAUACAUUUCCAUGUUUUGUUAUAAAUUAAAUUAUUUAACGUAUAGGAAAAUACUCAGAGUGCUUUUGAGAAGAUAUUAUGGUUUGUGGUCUUCAAGACUUUGGGGAUAAUAAAUGGAAACUAUAAAAUCAGUUGAAACACUAUUUUAUUGUACUCAAAUGUUAAUGUCAAGAUUUGAACUGAUCUGAUCUUCUAAGAAUAUAUUUUAUCUCAAAAAAUAUUUACGUGAUUCGUAUGUACUGUUACAUACUGUGUUGUACAUUACAUGUCAUUUGAAAAUUUUGAAUACAUUUCUAUGUUUAUUGGUUUAUGUUGGUCCAAAUUCUACUGCAAAAGUCUAAUCCAUGAUGUUUGGGUUUUUUUAGCCCUCUUUGGUUUUUAUGUAAAACAUCGACAUGAACAAAUCUGAUAUUAAAGGGAUGUGGGUCCAGUAGAGUAAACCCGUUGACUGAGCUGCUGGUUCUAAUAGUAGUUUUCCCAUUGCAAAUUUUCUCCCCCUGGAUAUUAAAUCAAUACAAAACAGCUUUGUCAUGGACACAGGUGUUAAUGUUUCAACUUAAUUUAUGUCUAUCUUUAUGUCUGUUCAGAAUCUGAAAUAUGCAGAUGGCACCUGGUUUGAAGAUAUUAGCCAGAGCUGACAAAGAGCAGCAUCUUUAUAUCUUGCAGUACUAGUGAAAGUGAGCAUUAUACAGUGAGUCUCCCAAGAAUAAUGGCUGCAUUUCUGUCAUUUCAUUGGUUUGCACGGGCCUGUAUAAAAACACUGUCUUGUUUUAGAUAUACAAGAAAUAAACUUAACUGACAGGAACAGAUAUACAGGGUUAACAUGAGCUUGCAAAAGAUAAGCUAUUAAUGCACACAUUUGACUUUUUAAAAAACAAAUAAACAAAUCAAUAUACAUUAAUUUUAGUGACUAUGCAAGCAGGAGAGUGUUAUACCUAUCCAAGGGUUGGAAAUAUGUAUGAAACAGCCAGACACAACAUUGUUUAUGGGGAAAAAAAAACAAUAAAUGAGACUUUAAUUUAGGAACCAUGGCAACCCAUUAUAACCCUUUUGCAGUCUGUAUCCCAUAUCAUCAACAGAUUUGGGCUUUAACAGAGCUGCAGUGCUAUAGUCCCUGCUGCUACAGUGUCUGAAAUUUUAAGUUUAAAAGUCAGUUUGUCAGCCUAGCACAGCCAAAAAACAGUAUUGCACCGCUCAGUCAUCGAUUUAUUAGUAUUUACACCCUGUAAGUUGAUCUGUGCAGCCAUGUUCAGUUAUGUUUGAUGUUUAUCACUUGUCCAGUCAUUUUAUGUUGUUCUGAACUAUUAUGCCUUAAUUACAGUCAUAAAAAGUGAGAUUUCAAAAGAUAAA